AUGCCAGUCGUUCACGUAAUUGAUGUUGAAAGUGGUAAUCUACAAUCAUUAACUAAUGCAAUCGAGCAUUUGGGUUACCAAGUGCAACUGGUGAAAUCACCAAAGGAUUUUAACAUAGCAGAUACAUCAAGAUUGAUUUUGCCCGGUGUCGGAAAUUAUGGCCAUUUUGUCGACAAUUUGUUUAAUAGAGGAUUUGAAAAGCCAAUAAGAGAAUAUAUUGAAUCUGGAAAACCAAUAAUGGGCAUUUGCGUCGGGUUACAAGCGCUCUUUGCUGGCUCUGUGGAAAGUCCUAAGAGUACAGGUCUGAACUACAUUGAUUUUAAGUUGUCCAGAUUCGAUGACUCAGAAAAACCCGUUCCAGAAAUAGGAUGGAAUUCUUGUAUUCCUUCAGAAAAUUUAUUUUUUGGAUUGGAUCCAUACAAGAGAUACUAUUUCGUCCAUUCCUUUGCUGCUAUCCUGGAUGCAGAAAAGGAAAAAACAUUACAAAAUGACGGUUGGAAAAUUGCAAAAACCAAGUACGGUUCAGAGGAGUUCAUCGCGGCAAUUAACAAAGAAAAUAUAUUUGCUACUCAGUUCCACCCAGAGAAAUCUGGUAAGGCUGGUUUGAACGUUAUUGAGAACUUUUUGAGGCAACAAAGUCCUCCUAUUCCAAACUAUGGCCCGGAGGAGAAGGAACUUUUAAUGAAUGACUAUUCAAACUACGGCCUGACACGCAGAAUUAUUGCCUGUCUUGAUGUACGUACUAAUGAUCAGGGUGAUUUAGUGGUUACUAAAGGUGAUCAAUACGAUGUGCGUGAAAAGAGUGAUGAUAAAGGUGUUAGAAAUCUUGGUAAGCCUGUCCAAUUGGCACAGAAAUAUUACCAACAAGGUGCGGAUGAAGUAACAUUUUUGAAUAUAACUUCUUUUAGAGACUGCCCUUUGAAGGAUACUCCGAUGCUAGAGGUCCUGAAACAAGCUGCAAAGACAGUGUUUGUUCCAUUGACAGUCGGCGGAGGGAUCAAGGAUAUUGUCGAUGUUGAUGGAACCAAAAUACCUGCUUUAGAAGUCGCAAGUCUAUACUUCAGAUCUGGCGCUGAUAAGGUGUCGAUCGGUACGGAUGCAGUCUAUGCUGCCGAAAAAUAUUACGAGUUAGGUAACAAGGGAGAUGGAACAUCACCGAUAGAGACAAUCUCAAAGGCAUAUGGUGCUCAGGCGGUUGUUAUUUCUGUUGAUCCUAAGAGAGUAUAUGUAACUUCACAAGCAGAUACCAAGAAUAAAGUCUUUGAGACAAAAUAUUCGGGUCCUCAUGGACAGAAAUAUUGCUGGUACCAAUGCACAAUCAAAGGUGGGAGAGAAUCCAGAGACCUUGGUGUCUGGGAAUUAACAAAAGCAUGUGAAGCCCUAGGUGCUGGGGAAAUUUUACUGAACUGUAUAGACAAAGAUGGCUCUAAUUCUGGUUAUGAUUUGGAAUUGAUAGAACAUGUUAAAGACGCAGUCAGAAUUCCAGUCAUUGCUUCAAGUGGUGCCGGUGUACCCGCACAUUUCGAAGAAGCUUUCCUAAAGACCCGCGCGGAUGCUUGCUUGGGUGCAGGUAUGUUUCACAGAGGUGAAUUCACUGUUAACGAUGUAAAGGAAUAUUUACUAGAGCACGGAUUAAAGGUUAGAAUGGAUGAAGAGUGA